UGCAAAGAAAGACGAAUCUGCGCUUUUCAGUCUUCCUUCCUUUUGGCAGCUGAACCCUCGUUCUGUUCAUCUAUCCAUCCAACCUUCUAUUUUUCUGUUCCAAUCUGACACAAAAAACAUCUAUCUUUCAACAUCAUGGAAUCGACACCUUCGGUCGUGCAACAACAGCGCAUGGAGGUCGACCAACUUCGGCGGGAAGCCACCAUGAAACGAAUCCCCGUUUCUCAGGCCGUGGAGGAUAUCAAGGCGUAUGUCACAGAAAAAACUCAAGACGAUUACUUGCUGAUAGGAUUUCAUGGCAAAAAUCAGAAUCCUUUCCGGGAAAAAUCCUCUUGCAGUGUAUUAUAAGAAAAGAAAUCGAUGUCUAUCUAAAAUCCGUCGCGGCCAAAUGCUUUCGUACCAUAUCUGCUAAUCGAUGUUUCUUCUUCGGAAUGAUAACCACAAUCAAGAACUAACAAAGAUGUAACUGCAGCUAAACUUAUUGCGAUCAUAUCCACAAAAGCAAGCUAAUAUCUGCCCAUAUUUGUAUCGGAAGCUCAGAAUGCAGCUCUCAAAUGUUGAUGUGUUAUGUGUCAAACCAGCACAAGUACUAACGUCAUUUUGUUUCGAAAUGUCUGCUUUUUCCAAGACCCUAAUUUGUUCUCCAUCGCUAGCUUGGCUCAUCAAUCCCGCCAGUUCGCGUUUGAUUCAAUGUCAUGUCUUUCGCUGUGGAAUGACUACAAAUACAUGAAUGUUCUUAUAAUAAAA